AUGGUUUUACUAAUCAGCCUAGUGGGGGGAUCUCUAGGCGCCGUAGGGUGGGGAGCUUUAGCCGCUCGACUGGGUCGACGCCGUGCACUGCUGUCUGCUCUAGCCGUCAACGCAGUGUUCGCCGUCAUCGCCGCAUUCAUGCCUACUUAUGGGUGCUUUAUGAUGGCACGCUUCUGCUCGGCGAUAGGGUCGGGCGGCAUCGUGCCCACGUGCUACACGUACACGGGCGAGGUGACGUCACGUGCGUGCCGGCCGCGGGCGCUGGCGGCGCUGGUGUGCGCCGCGGGGCUGGGCGCGCUGCUGGCCGCGGCGCUGGCCUCGGCCGUGCUGCCGCCCAACGGCGCGCUCACUCUCAUCGAGAACAAGGAGCACUUCAGCGCUUGGCAUAGGUAUCUCCUCCUAUGCACUCUGCCAAUACUGGCUUCACUGGUAAGCCUCAUCUGGACCCAGGAGUCGCCCAGAUACCUCCUCGAGGUGGGGAGGGAAGUCGACGCUAUGGUGGUUUACCAGAACCUGCACAGUGGCAAUCAGAUCCGUAUAUGCGGCAAGGCAAACGUAGCAGCUGCAAACAACAGGGCCCCAGCAUACCACCUUGGGGAACUCUCUUUGCCGGGGAAAAGACGGCCCCAAGCCAGCAAUCACGUCAAACAUAGCAUUAAGAUGUUUUGGCAGUCAUUCUUCCAGCUGUUCUCCAGCACUUACAGAAGAACUACUUACACAUUAGGAGGAGUGCUUCUCUUCUCGAUGGUCAUACAGUUCUACCUGUCCUCGUACAUUCCAUCGACUGUAUUGCGUAUGGAAAACGAGUUAUUCGGGGCGUCAAAGAAAGUUAUAUCGAAUGUAUCGUUCCAAAACGACCAUUAUAACCGCACUUUGGAAAACAUCGAGUACAACUAUGUCACUUUUACCAACUGUACUUUUAGGGACAUGCUGAUGUCGCAUGUGUCGUUCAAGAACUGCUCCUUCUUCGACGUCACGUUUUCCAACGUGAAAACUUCCUACACCAAGUUUGAGGGAUCUCUAUUUGUUAAUAGCACUAUAAUAGACACGGAUAUGGAAGUAGGCCAAGAACUAGACGAGUGGUGUACAUUGAACGGAACAACACUACGCGGUAUGAGGCCAGCUUGCAACAGGCAUCCUGAUUUGACAUCGCGGUUGGAUGGGAUCACUACCGAACAGAGCUACGUGUCACAUGCUAUGCUGAUAGCUUCUGUACUUGCGUUGCUACCGCAGAAGGCCCGGCCACAACUGGCCCUCUGCAUUUUUCUAGUCCUUUUGUCGCCUGCCAUAUACUUCGCCAGACGAGAAUCAGCUCUGUACAUCGUAGAGGCGGUAUAUCGCGUACCCCUCACUCUGCUGUUCUACACAGUUGGUACCAAUGUUGUGGACAGCUACCCGGCAGGAUUUAGGAGCACGGCACACGGGCUGCUGGUGUCGGUGUCGUGCGCCGCCUGCGCGCUGGUGCGCGGCGCGGGCGUGGCGAGCGCGCCGCUCUCCGCGCUGCUCUGCGGGCUGUUCGCGCUCUUCGCUACUGUGCUGGCCUUCCACGCCCGGUAGGCCGCUUAACAUUGACCUGCAUACAUUGAAGAGACGCGAAUUGUUCAAAAAGACGAGGCAGCUAUGUAAGAAAUAAGACGAUUCAUAACUCUUA